GUAGCUACUGUUAGCUUUAGCAACUAAGCAUCUCCGUGAAACCCCGAUAGAACGAAACCAUUGGAAUUGGGAGUACAAAGAAAUCGUAACCCUAAUAUAAUACCUUCGUCUGUCUCAUUCUUCACUGCCACAUUAUCAUCAUAACCAUCAACGCGUCUUCCUCCAAUGGACGCGCGACGCGUCUCGCGGGCCGUUAUCGACCCUAAAGUCAGGCGCGUCGGCUUCUUCGCUCCGCGACCCGAACCCGACUCGCCCGAACUCGAUUCCCAGCCCCCCUCCGACUCUGCCGCUCACAACUCCGUCUCCCCCGUCAUAAUUCCUCCGCCACGUCAUCUUUCCGAGCGAACCGCCGCCGUGCCUGUCCCCGACUCCGGGUUUCGGCGCCAGGCAUCCGAAGAGCACGUGCCAGUCGGGAGCUACAAACCUUCGGAGUCGCUUCUCGGAACUUCCCCGGCGGCGUCGUCGCCUUCUUCGAGCCGUGUUGGUAUCGGCGACGGAGAGUUCUCUGAGGAUUGUUCGGACACCGGCUGGUUCGGUCGCAACGACUCAAAUAUCCCUGGUGGAGGGCUUGGUUUGCCGGCCGUGAAGCCUCCGGAGAAUUCGGCAGAUAACAGCUAUUCUGUGGCGGUGAGAGCAAAGAAACUUGCCGGAGGAAGUGGUGAGUCAAAAUCCCGCAGAAAAGAGGGAAGAGACUGCCAAAGAAGUGCACCCUGAUCAACCAUCAAUUUCAAAGCCCCUAAAAGCAAAACCUACAAAGGCUGAGAGACGAGCCUUGCAGGAGGCACAAAGAGCUGCAAAAGCUGCUUCUAAAGCUGGUGGAACUACUGCAGUUGCUGAUUCUAGCAGAGCAGCCCCUAGUAAAAAUAUGAGGCAGUCAUCACAAAAGAAAGAUGGUCCUGUUGUUAUGCCAUCAGUAGCUACUGACAAGAAAUCAGGAGAUCGUCCUUUGGAGAAAGAGAGGAAAAAAGAUGCUCCUGCUCCACGGAUGCAAUUUGAUGAUAAACAUAGAGUGGAGAAGGCAAAAAGGCGUGCAGUAGUCAAUCAAACUGAAGCUAGAAAAAGAGUUGAAUUAUUUCGUCAUUUGCCUCAAUAUGAAUAUGGGAAUCAGCUUCCUAAACUUGAAUUAAAGCUUUUCCAACUUGAUUCAGUGCAUCCUGCUGUUUUCCAGGUUGGAUUGCGUUUUUUGGCAGGAGAUAUAUCAGGGGGUAAUGCUCGUUGUAUUGAAAUGCUUAGAGCAUUUCAGGAAGCCAUUGUGAACUACUCCACACCACCUGAAAAAGUCCUUGCCAGGGAUUUAACUGCAAAAAUCAGUAGUUAUGUUUCAUUUCUUACUGAAUGCAGACCUCUUUCUGUUAGUAUGGGAAAUGCAAUUAGGUUUGUAAAGAGUCGUAUUGCCAAGUUGCCUUUAAGUCAUACUGAAUCUGAGGCAAAAGCUGCUCUUUGUUCAGAUAUUAACCGAUUUAUUAAUGAAAAAAUAAUUCUUGCUGAUAAGGUGAUUGUUGGACAUGCUACUACAAAAGUUAGGGAUGGAGAUGUUCUUCUUACAUAUGGAUCAUCAUGUGUUGUUGAGAUGAUUCUUUUACAUGCCCAUGAUCUUGGGAAACAAUUCCGUGUUGUUGUGGUAGACUCACGACCAAAGCUUGAAAGUCAGGUCUUACUUCGGAGGCUUGUGGCCAAGGGCCUGAGUUGUACAUAUACUCAUAUAAAUGCCAUUUCUUACAUCAUGCAUGAGGUCACACGAGUUUUUCUGGGAGCUUCAGCCAUUCUGUGUAAUGGAACUGUAUAUUCAAGGGUUGGGACUGCAUGUGUUGCAAUGAUGGCUCAUGCAUUCAGUGUUCCAGUAUUGAUCUGCUGUGAAGCUUAUAAAUUUCAUGAAAGGGUGCAACUUGAUUCAAUAUGUUCCAAUGAACUAGGUGAUCCAGAUGCUGUUGCCAUGGUUCCGGGAAGAAUGGAUGUCAAGUAUCUGGACAAUUGGACUAGUCAGGAUAAUUUGCAGCUCCUGAAUUUGUUAUAUGAUGCUACUCCUUCAGAUUAUGUGUCGGCAAUUGUUACGGAUCAUGGAAUGAUCCCUCCUACGAGUGUGCCCGUAAUUGUACGUGAGUACGGACGAGAGCACUUGAUCUAAACAUAGAGAAAACUCAGCAAGUGGUUUUAGCAUCCCACAACCGAUUUUGAUAAAUAUAAUUUUACUAUAUACUUGAUGCUUGGUUCCCAAAAAGAACUUUUUAUAGCUUCAUCUCCCAAUGAUUAUGCAGAUGCAUAUUCUUUCAAUAGUUCCAAAUCAUUUUUGUAUACACUCUGGUCUGUAAAUUCAGGGACCGUGACUUAGUAGUCGCAAGCAACUUAUAACAACAAAUAGUGGGGAUGAAGAUUUCAUCUGGACCAUUUUAAAUGGUUAAAUAAAUCCUACAGAAAUAAAGAACUGAACGAAUUAAUU